ACAGCACGAUACAGUUUUCGUGACAUGCGAUCGCUUUUGCAUUUGGACACGAUUACACUUUAUUGGAAGGCACGGGCGUGUUCGUGUUUUUAAACGUGUUCGAUCUCUCAAUGAGAAUUCUCUCGAAUUAGAUUAGCGUUGAAGUCUCGAAGAACGUGUUUGUUUGUGUAAACGCUGAAAUGGUAGAGAGUGGAAUACCCAUGUCCGAAAUGAAUACAGACAAUAAUUCGACAGUUAUUUCGAUGUCAAAGAAAAAGAUAAAUGAUAAGAACAGAAGUUCUGAACUCACUUAUGGCAUCGAUGACGUUCCGCCAUGGUAUUUGUGUUUAUUUAUGGCACUGCAGCAUUAUUUGACGAUGAUUGGAGCCAUCGUUUCUAUUCCUUUCAUUUUAACGCCGGCUCUUUGCAUGGCGGAGGAUGAUCCUUCAAGGAGUCAUAUUAUUUCAACAAUGAUCUUCGUUACCGGUCUGGUGACGUUCAUUCAAACUACCAUAGGAUGUAGAUUGCCAUUGGUUCAAGGUGGCACCAUAUCGUUUCUGGUUCCGACUUUGGCGAUACUGAACUUACCACAGUGGCAGUGCCCUGCUCAGGAAGUUUUAAAUCAAAUGACGCCCGAGAAUCGAACCGAACUCUGGCAAAUUCGAAUGAGAGAGCUGUCGGGUGCCAUCGCUGUUUCCGCUCUAUUCCAAGUAAUCAUCGGAUUUGGAGGUAUUGUUGGAUAUUUGCUGAAAUUUAUAACACCGUUAACAAUUGUGCCAACUGUAUCGCUGGUUGGAUUGUCUUUGUUCGAAAACGCAGCGGAAGCUGCGUCCCAACAUUGGGGUAUCGCAGCUGGGACGAUUAUACUAUUGACAAUGUGCUCACAAAUAUUGGUCAAUGUGUCAGUUCCUUGCGUAAUUUAUCGUAAAGGCCAAGGACUCCACAUUACUUGGUUUGAGCUAUUCAAACUCUUUCCAGUUUUGUUGACAAUAAUUACAAUGUGGAUAAUCUGCGUUAUAUUAACUGUAACAAACGUACUACCGGCUGAUCAUCCUGCCAGAGCAGACAAUAAAUUGAGAAUUAUAAGUGAUUCACCUUGGUUUCGAGUACCGUAUCCUGGACAAUGGGGCGUACCAACCGUGACGCUGGCAGGAGUCCUCGGAAUGCUAGCGGGUGUAUUAGCAUGCACGGUGGAGUCUAUCAGCUAUUAUCCAACCACCGCGAGAAUGUGCGGAGCACCGCCGCCUCCGGUUCAUGCGAUUAAUCGAGGUAUUGGUAUAGAAGGUCUUGGCACGAUGCUGGCUGGUCUCUGGGGUAGCGGCAACGGCACAAAUACUUUCGGCGAGAAUGUCGGAACGAUAGGAGUUACUAAAGUCGGGAGUCGCAGAGUCAUACAAUGGGCAUGUGUUUUAAUGAUCUUGCAAGGCAUAAUCAGUAAGUUCGGUGCGGUGUUCAUCAUAAUUCCUGAGCCAAUUAUCGGUGGAAUAUUUUGCGUGAUGUUUGGAAUGAUUUGCGCUUUCGGCUUAUCGACAUUGCAGUAUGUGAAUCUCAAUUGUUCAAGGAAUUUGUUCAUUCUAGGUCUGUCUAUGUUUUUCCCUCUGGUUUUGUCAAAAUGGUUGCUGAAACAUCCGAAUGCGAUACAAACAGGAAAUGCUUUAGUAGAUAGUGUACUUACUGUACUACUUAGCACUACUAUUCUAGUAGGUGGUGUACUAGGCUGUUUACUCGACAAUAUCAUUCCAGGUAACGCAAAAGAUCGCGGUUUAGAAGCGUGGUCAAAGGAAAUGGAGUUGACAAGCAAAACGGCUGAUAAAGAAACUGACGAAGUGUGUCAUACCGACGAGUACGUUUGGAAUACCUUCGAUUUCCCAUUUGGAAUGAACUUAAUGAGAAAAUGGAGAUGGACACGUUACGUGCCAUUUUUACCUACAUACAAGAGGUCAUCUUAAACGUGAAAACUAGAAAAUUGGCAGAGUUUUGCUUGAUUCAAUCAAUUCUGUCUCCUUCGUUCAACUUCUUUUCGGAAGACCGAGAAUCGAUACUUCCGUGACGACGGUUACUCUAUUGAGAAUAUGUAAUUUUAUUCCCAGAACAAAAACUCUAUUGUGGCUAGUCUACAAUGAAGGUAGUAAAGCUGUAGGAGUAGAGAGUAAACUAUUUUUCGGUGAAGAAACAACGGGAAUUACGAAAUAGGCAAUUCCCAUUUCGCACUGUCUACUGCCUUACUGUUAGCCAAUGUGAAAGACGUGUGUUAAAAAACGAAAUAAUUACUUGUAUAGAUAAAAAUAAAAUAACUUCAAGAACCUUACUUCUUACUCUAUACUACCUACUCCCAUUGUAGACGGCCCUUAACGGAAUCUUUGUUCUGUAAGAUAUAUAAAUUACAUGUAUAAAUUCUUUCUGUAUGGAUGUAACAUUAAUAUAAGUAAAUUCUAAACAAUUAUAACUUAUAUAUUUCUAUAUUUCUUGGUUUUAAGCAAAUUCUCGUAGACAAUAAGUAAAAAAGUAAGUUUAUAUCUAUAAUUUAAUUUGAUAAA